AUAACUAAUAAUAUGUUGAAAUAAUCUAAAUGACAUUUUGGAAAGCAUUGACUUUUGGAUGUUUUAAAUUUUCUGUACCAUGUCCUAUGUCUCUCAGUCUAACAUCUCUGUUGGGCUGCAAUAUCAGGAGUUUCUGGAAAGAGUGAUCACUUUCACUCUUUGUACCAUCCCAUCCUGUGUGUUUCUCUUCAUUAAUGGAACCAUGUUGUUCACUCUGAGGAGUAAACCUGUUUUUCGUGACACCUGUCGGUAUAUUCUCCUGUUUAACCUCUUAAUAGCAGAUACUGCGCAGUUAGCAGUAUGUCAGGUUCUGUUUCUAAUUUCUGUUUGCAGAAUUACACUAACAUAUCCUGUUUGUGGCAUGCUAACUGUUUUUGCCAGUAUCACAAGUGUAACCUCUCCUCUAACGCUGAUGGUGAUGUCUCUGGAGCGGUGUGUAGCUGUGUGUUUCCCUUUGAGACAUGCUAUGAUUGUCACCAUCAAAAACACGAGGCUGGCAAUUAUUGCAGUUUGGACUUCCGGUUCUUUACAUAAUAUCUUUCGCGUUAUUUUGCUGUUAGAUUUUCCUUUUAAAGAUCUAGACAGUCUACAAAUGACAAAUUUAUGCAAUGAAUUCAAUAUGCAGCUUGGAUCCAGGUCUAAAAUGUAUGAUGUUGCUUUCACUGGUAUCCUUUUUGCUUCAGCAGCCAUUGUAAUCAUUUCUUCCUAUGUUGGUGUAAUAAUAGCAGCCAGGUCAGCAUCUACAGGGACAGCUUCAGCUCUGAAGGCUCGUAAUACAUUGAUGCUACAUUUGGUGCAAUUAUGCCUCAGUUUGUCCUCAACUACUUACAACUCAAUGCUUAUAGCUCUUAUAAAAAUUGUUCAAACUGUAGUGUUUAUACGAUUACACAAGUUUCUGUAUAUAUUAAUGAUUAUAUUCCCCAGAUGCUUGAGUUCUUUAAUUUAUGGCCUUAGAGAUCAUACUAUCAGACCUAUUCUUCUGUCCCAUUUAAACUAUCAACUAAAACAUAAAGCUGUUGCAGUCAGUGGUUGAAAAGCUUAGCUUCUGUCAAACACUUCAUGAGUGAAAGAGGUACACAAUUUUUAUGUCUGAAAUAUAGGAACAAUUAUGUUAAACGUUUUUUAAGACCAAUAAGUCAUACUUCAAUUUUUUUUCUGUUGUGGAGAAUCCAUAUAAGCAAAGACCCACUAAUAACGGGAUUAAUGUGGGAGAAAGCAGAUGAAUAUGAAGACUUAAAAUUGUCUAACAUAUAAUGACAUUUAUAAAACAAAGGAAGUCUGUUGAAACAAAUGUCAUCUGGCAAAAAUCCUGAAGUUAUUUAACUUUGUCAACUGAAUUGAAAUAACUUUUGUAUGUAUGUGUAAUUAUGUGUAAUCAUAAAAAAUUAAAGCACAAGGAACUUUAUCUAAAAAA